AUGGCUGCCAUGUCAGUUUCUAUCAAGAUCGCCUGGGUGAAUGUCUGGAGGUAUAGACACCUCGGAAUGAUUGUGUGCAGUGUCAACGUUGGCACACCAAACAACGGUGAGCGGGAUGAUGACUCAGUAGCCUGGGUUGCGAUCGGACCUUCUGAUGACGGUCUCGUGAUUCUCAUUGGACGUGUGAUCACAGGAACCCAUGAGAAAACAAGUCAAGGCAGGCUCAGCAAACGGGACAUGAGAGCACAUGGGUAA